UGUAACAAGUGGUUACCAUCUGGGGUUACCAGAUUUUCGAUUUUGUAACUUGCUGCCGCCAUAGAUAUUGAUCACACCACGCCGCUUCCAGAAUUCCGUUAAAAGUGUACCUAAUUAGCAUUAAUAGAUUCGUCAAAAGAUCAAUCAAUAUGGCACCACCAACAAAAAAAGAUUUAGGAAUAGUCUUGUUUGACGUAGCAUCGCCGAAAAAAAGUGAGUUACUCAAUGGACUUAUGAAAUUUUGUUGUUUUAAGAAAUAUAGCGACUGCAAAAGUAUGUACCGCCUCAUUUUGGUAAACACGGCAGAAACUAAUAACGAUUUUAACUACCCACAUAUUUACACAAGUGAAGAAGAAGACUUUAAUCCUAAUGAAAUAUUUGAUAUAGUAGAAAAUGCCGAACCAGGUCAGUCAGAUUGGAUAGAUGCCGUAUCUUUGGGUGUUCACCAUUUAGAAGAAGCAGCAGAGAUGAAAGGCUUGGUUACCUUGCAACUGAUAUUUUUUACCACCUUAGAUGAAACGAAUCCAUUAAAUUAUGAUAGAGCAAAGUUGAAUUCUCUCAUGGUAAAAAUGAAUGAGCUAGAUAUAUUUUUUUACAUAAUUGGACCAGAUGUACAGCUACCAUUUGUUAUAACUAGUACACAGUGUAUACCAAGAUGCAUGAACGGGCUACAGUUGCCUGAUGGUAAUCAAAAUUUAUCUACUGCCAAAAAGUUAGUAAAGAGUGUCAGCAACGGUGUUAUGUGCAAUACUAAAAUUGGUCUCAAUCUGUUGUUCAGUUACAAAAACUCAGCAGGGAUGCAGCCUUGGAAAGUACCAUUAGCAUUUGGAACCAACUUUUCCCUUCCAGUAUCCACAUCUAAAAUAUAUAGGAGCGACGAGAAGGUCCAAUUAAAACUGAUUUCUUCAGUCUCCAGGAGUUUCGUCAGAGCCCUGGCAGAAGAUAGAAAUGUUCUAGUCAAUGAAGAUGACAUGGUAAGAGGUAUUUCCUUUCAUGGAAAAUUCAUACAAGUGGAUGACAACAUGUUCAAAACCGAAACUGUGAGAUCUUUCGAUGUCAUCGGAUUCAGUCAUGCAAAAUUUUUUCCUGAAACCCUCUUGAGAGGAAAAGAGACUUUUUACGUUCUGCCCGACCAAAUUGACGAUACAGGUGAAGCUUUUCAACUAUUUACCCAUUUGGUAAAGGUGAUGGCAGAGAAAAAUAUAUAUGGCAUAGUCAGAAAAGUAUACGCCAAAAACACGAAGGCAAGAUUUUAUGCUCUCAUUCCAAAUUUGGACUAUGAGCCAAAAUGUCUUAUCAUGGCUUCAUUACCAUAUGAUGGUUAUGUUACUCCACAUAAGUACGAGGAACCGAAAUGUCCAAAGGAACCAAUCAUACAAGAUGACUUCAGCAAUUUCUUUAAUAGUUUGAUAAUAGAAAAUCCUGGUGCAAAAACAGGGACAACUCUGGGCCCCACUAUGUUACUGGAUAUCAACCAACAUAAACUUGCCAGUGCGGUAACAAAAAAGUGUCUUCAACGAAACGACUUGGACAUGGAGGCAUUGGAUGUCAAGGAUUUGGAAAGAGCACCAAACAACGAAUUCUUCGAAGGUCUCAAGAGGUCAUGGCCGGCAAGGGAAGUGCAGCAGCCUACUGAAAGUCUGUAGAUAUUUUAUAGCCGCUAUAGGUGAAAUUUGCUAAUCCUUUUAGGCAUGAUAAGACCAUAUAACUUAAAUAGUAGAACCUAAAAGAAAACGUAUGAACACUUUUUAGUGGCACAUGCGUCGACAGUGGCGCAUCAAACUUUCCACUCAUGGACGAGAUAAAUAAAUUAAAAGGUACCCUCUCUCACUCCCAGAAUUAAUUUUUUUCAUUUUUUUAUGUUCUAUGUGACUAAAAAAUAAGACUGCGUAAUUUUAACCCACCAUCCCCUUUCCCCACUACCAAAAACUUCAUUUUUCGUUUUUAUUUCUUUAGGUUUGUUGCAAAUUUUAAAAUUUCAAAACUGAUGCUUUCACAAAACAUGACUAUUUUUUAUAGAUCCGUAGGUUAAGUGUACAUAACCUCAAAAAAUUUUUUUUUUUUUGGAAAAAGCGUAUAACUUUUUUUUGGAGAUGGCUGGAGAUGUCAUUGUUUUUUCUAUUUUGUGUAUUUUAUCAAACACUAUGUUUUUAAUUUAGUCAAACACAUGUCCCUAGUUUAUAGACUUCAAAAUAGAUCAAAUCAAUGUUCAAACCCCUAUAAACACCAUAAAAACAGAUUUUUGGAUUUUUUAAGGUGGCGAACCUUACGAAAAAUCUGAAAAAAAUUUAAAACAGUGUUUGAUAAAAUACACAAAAAGGAAAAAAAAUAGACCUCCAGCAUCAAAAAUGAAGUUUUUGAUGUAGGGGGAAGGGGGUGUUCGAUUCCCAGAUAGCACAAGUACGUUUUAUGGACAUCCAAUGGACGUACAUCUGUGUACAUUGGAACGUCCAAUGGACGUCCCGCUAAGGUACAAUGGACAUCCGAUGGACGUCCAACGAAUGUCCAGAGUUCACAAAAUUGGACGUCCAUAGAACGUCCGCUACAAACGUACAUUGUACGUUGUAUUGGAGCUUUCAGUGUACACCUUAUGUACAUUCAGUGUACGUCUUAUGGACAUUUGUAGGGCACUUUUCAGAAAGCAAUCUGGUAUCCAUAAUUUUGUAAAUACAUAGCAAAAAGCCUUUAUAGGAAAUAGUUCCUUAUAAUACUAAACUUAUACUUAAAAAUAUUACACAAAAGACCUUUUUUAUUUCUCUUUACUAUAACUUCAUUAUAAUAUAUACUUUAUUAUAGGAACUAGGAACUUCAUUAAUGCACGACUGCACUUGCACGAUAAACAGAAAACACAAAUAUAUCACAGGAUGUAUUUUCAUAAAGACAAGAUUCAGAUAAUGACGCUCUAGGAAGCAUGCACAUUAAAAGAGGUUUAAUCUAUGUUCUGUUUCUGUUCCAAACUAUUUUUAGAGUCAGUGCCGUUGUUGUAUAUUACAAGCGCGUUUGCCAUUCUGUGAAUUAUCAUAAAUAAACCAUCCUUCAGUAUUCCACAACAAUUAACAGCGAUAAUCCCCUAAAAGUACCUGCCUAAUACUACCUUUCACGACCGAUAGCGCGAAGAGCGACAACGUUGUCAAGAAGAUUCUCAUUUAUUUUGUAUUUGGACUUAAUAUAAUAGUCGCGUUUUGUGUAAAAUAUCCAUGGACCACAAAUGGAUGUCCAAUGUACGUUGAAAUCAAACGUCCAAUGGACGUCCCGUAAUGUACGUACAUAGUACGUCCAGUAUUGGUCCAUGGACGUUUGGACUUUAAAUGUACGUUAUAUGGACAUACAUCGGACGUUGUGUGCUAUAUGGGUUAACAUUACGCUGUCUUAUUUUUUAAUCAUAUAGUACUUUAAAAAUGAAAAAAUUUAAUUGUUGGAGUUAGGGAAGGUACCUUUUAAUUUAUUUAUCCCGUCGAUAAGUGGAAAGUUUGAUGAGCCACUGUCGACGCAUGUGUCACUAAAAAGUUACGGCACAGUGUUCAUACGUUUUCUUUUAGGUUCUACUAUUUAAGUUAUAGGGUCUUAUUGUGCCUAAAAUGAUUAGCAAAUUUCACCUACACCGGCUCCUAGUCUAUUAUUUAAUAAGCCCCAAUAGUAUUAUAAUAUUUUUUUAUGUUUUUUUUAUAUUUUUUUUAUAGAUUUAUAUACUGUUUGAUUUGUUUGUACUGAGUUUCAUGCUGUGUUUCGUUAAUAUAAGUGUUUCGUUUUGAGUUAAUAUAAAUAAAUUGAAGUCGUUCA